CCCACCCAUAAAAUCCUAAAAGGAAAGCUGCUAAACCUAAAGCAGUUAGAAAGUAGCCUUCCUAAUGUGUGUGUGUUUGUGUGUGUGUGUGUGUGUGCAAGAGAGAGAGAGAGAGAGAGAGAGAGAGAGAGAGAGAAGGCUCAAACACAACACCCCCUAGAAAAACAAAUUCCUAGAGAGAGAGAGAGAGAGACCUUUUCUCCCAUCUAUAGCUGUCCCAUUGCUUUGUUUAUUCUCCCCUUUAUGACAGCCACCACCCAAGAAGCCCCAUAACAUAAACAUCCCCAUUAGAGCCAUUUGCGUAGGUGUUUCACAUAAUUAACAGCGUCGACAUACUUACUAAAAGAUCACACACUAAAUUCGCCAUGCUCAGCUCCGACUCGCCGGCCCCGGGCGGUGCCGCCGACAUCUCCGCAUCCGCCGCCGCGGCCUCUCCCCACCCCUUCCCUUCUCUCCACAUCACCACCACCACCACCACCACCACCACCACCGCCGCCACCAAGAGAAAACGACGGCCGGCCGGAACUCCGGACCCGGACGCGGAGGUGGUGUCGCUGUCGCCGCGGACGCUGCUGGAGUCGGACCGGUACGUGUGCGAGAUCUGCAACCAGGGGUUCCAGCGGGACCAGAACCUGCAGAUGCACCGGCGGCGGCACAAGGUGCCGUGGAAGCUGCUGAAGCGCGAGGGCGGCGCGGGGGGCGAGGGGGCCGGCGCGGAGGCGCGGAAGCGGGUGUUCGUGUGCCCGGAGCCGAGCUGCCUGCACCACGACCCCUGCCACGCGCUCGGCGACCUCGUCGGGAUCAAGAAGCACUUCCGCCGCAAGCACAGCACCCACCGCCAGUGGGUCUGCGCCAAGUGCUCCAAGGCCUACGCCGUGCAGUCCGACUACAAGGCCCACCUCAAGACCUGCGGCACCCGCGGCCACUCCUGCGACUGCGGCCGCGUCUUCUCCAGGGUGGAGAGCUUCAUCGAGCACCAGGACCAAUGCACUGCCGGCCGGGCCGGGGCCAGGGCCGAUCUCCCGUCGGCCGCGACGGCCGUCCAGCUCGCGAACGCGCGGCGGAUCCGGCACCAGGCACAGGUGGAGCUCAGCCGCGCCAUCGCCCUCCGCGACCACGCCGUGAAGCAAAUCAACGCCACCUUGCUGCAGAUCACCUGCUGCUCCUGCAAGAGCCGGUUCCGCGCCAAGGUCGCGAGCUGCAGGCCUGACGACGACAAUUCGCUCGCCGCCAGCUACGUGUCGUCGGCGGUGACCGGCGGGGAGGACGCGAAGAAUCGUGAGCACAAUAAUAAGGUGGCGAAAAUGGCUGCCACGUAGUUGCACGCGCACCGAGUGUUGGGUGUUCUUCGAUUAAUUCAGAUUAUUACUAUCCUGAGUGGAUGUAAUUAGGCUUAAUCAUGAUGGUCUAAUUAAUGUUCAAUUUCAUGAUGGGUCUCAUGUGAAUUAGAAUCUUUAUAUAUGUUUGUUCGUUUGUUUGCUUUGGAAUUCAUUUUAUUUAAUGGAGGAAUUAAAAAGGGCGGAGGUGAUGGUGUUGUUCGUCCUAGUGAUGAUCAUGAUGAUGAUGACGAUGAUGUAGCCUUCUUUUUGGCGCUGGAUUAUUCUUGUAGUGGGUGUACUUGGAUAUUGGAAAAAGUCAACACAAAUACCAUAAAUUAAGAAAUUAAAAAGAA